GGGAGGGGGGGUGGGGGGAAAGCGAAAGAGAGGAGCCGGGAGAGGACCGAGGCCAUGAGGCCUGCCUCACAUACCCUGCCGCCCCGCUACCUCGGCUAUUGUUGACACCUUACCUAGCCCGGGCCUCCCCUCUCCCUUCAGCCCACCAUCAUCAGCUCCCCUUCAAGAGGGGGAAGAGGAGCAAGAAGCAGCAGGAGGAAGAGGAGAAGGAAGAAGAAGCAGCGACAUGCUGGGGUCGGCUCGGGACUAUCCAGGCCUUCUCAUACCCUCACUGCACUGAGCCCCGGGCUCUGCUACCAGCUCUUUAUUUUCCAGAUUCAUUAUGACAAUUUGGCUCUUGAAAAUUUAAACAAGACUUCAUAUCUUGGAUUCAAAAUCUAAGCACUGAACUUCACACCAGUUUGGGGAAAAGUUGUCGGUGCUUCACAGGAGCAUUGUAAUGCAAAAUUUGACACUGAGGCACAGAAGGCAAUAUUUGGGAAGAUGGACAAAGCUUGGUCAAAGAGGUUUCUAUUGGAAAGUAGGGCAGACUGACCUCGGUAACUUCAAGAGGUGAAGUGUGCGGAAGCUGAAGUAACCUUUUGUAUAGUUCUGGAACCAAAAUUCAUAAGGAAAGAACCCACUACUGUUUGGAGGAGUUAUAAUUCUUUUAUAAGAAGCUGCCUUGAAGGUGGAGUUGCUUGGAUUGGAAAUAGUACUUACUGUGGGGAAAGGAUUUGUGCUGUGGAUCUGUUCUGGGACAAAACUGGCUGGUGUGGAAGGCUUUGAGGACUGGAGAAAGUCUGGCUACUUCAGGAACUUUGUCACGACAAGAGCUGCUGGUGGGUUUGGUGGCGUGACUGCUGCUUAUACAAGGUAUGGCCUCACAACUGCAAGUGUUUUCACCAAUGUCAGUAAAGUCCAGUGCCUUUUGCAGCGUGAAGAAAUUGAAAGUGGAACCCAUCAACUGGGAUGCAACGGGACAAGGCUGCACCACAAAACAUUGCAAUCAGAGCAGGAAUCCUUCAGUGACUCAAGGACAGACAAAUCCACCCCAUCAGGCAUCAAAUAGCAUAGUGGUUUAUGAGCAGAAUUUACACCUCACCACCACCUCUGGGUUGAUUCCAGUUACGAGUGCCGACAGUGGGGCCUGUACGACAUCCUUGUCUGUGGGGUCAUCCAACGGAGUGCAGAGUUUGACACGCAGAAGCACAGUCACGCUGUUGGAUACCUAUCAAAAAUGUGGACUGAAGAGAAAGAGUGAGGAGAUUGAAAGCAGUGGCAGUGUGCAAAUAAUUGAGGAACACCCACCUCCGAUGCUUCAGAACAACACCGGUAGGACUGCGGUGGGUACAACUGCCACCACGUCAACUGUAACUUCAAAGAAUGGCAGUUCCACCAAUGAAGGGGAUUAUCAGCUGGUACAACAUGAAAUACUUUGUUCAGUGAUCAGUAGUUACGAGGUAUUGGAGUUUCUUGGCCGUGGCACAUUUGGGCAGGUGGUGAAAUGCUGGAAAAGGGGCACCAAUGAAAUUGUGGCUAUCAAGAUCUUGAAAAAUCAUCCCUCUUAUGCACGUCAGGGGCAGAUUGAAGUGAGCAUUUUAAAUCGGUUGAGCACCGAGAAUGCUGAUGAUUACAACUUUGUCCGGUCCUAUGAGUGCUUUCAACAUAAGAAUCAUACCUGUCUGGUGUUUGAGAUGCUGGAACAGAACCUGUAUGACUUUCUCAAACAGAACAAGUUCAGCCCUUUGCCCUUGAAGUAUAUACGACCCAUCCUGCAGCAGGUGGCCACGGCCUUAAUGAAACUAAAGAGUCUUGGCCUAAUUCAUGCAGAUUUGAAACCAGAGAAUAUUAUGCUGGUGGAUCCAACCCGUCAACCCUAUAGGGUGAAGGUCAUAGAUUUUGGUUCAGCCAGUCAUGUUUUAAAAGCAGUUUGUUCCACAUAUUUGCAGUCUCGGUAUUACAGAGCUCCUGAAAUCAUUCUUGGGCUACGAUUCUGUGAGGCUAUUGACAUGUGGUCAUUAGGCUGUGUAAUUGCAGAGAUGUUUCUGGGGUGGCCAUUGUAUCCAGGUGCUUCAGAGUAUGAUCAGAUUCGCUAUAUUUCUCAAACACAAGGUUUGCCAGCUGAGUAUUUGCUAAGUGCAGGAACAAAGACUACAAGGUUUUUUAAUAGAGAUCCAGAUUCAGGAUAUCCAUUGUGGAAGCUCAAGACACCAGAAGAACAUGAGUUAGAGACGGGGAUCAAAUCGAAGGAAGCAAGAAAGUACAUUUUCAAUUGUUUGGAUGAUAUGGCUCAGGUGAACAUGCCGAAUGAUUUGGAGGGAACAGACAUGUUGGCGGAGAAGGCGGACCGGAGGGAAUAUAUUGAUUUGUUGAAGAAAAUGUUGACUAUAGAUGCUGACAAGAGGAUUAAUCCAUUAAAAACCUUAAACCAUCCGUUUGUUACCAUGGCACAUCUACUUGACUUUCCUCAUAGCAAUCAUGUGAAAUCAUGCUUUCAGAAUAUGGAGAUCUGCAAACGUCGAGCCAACAACUAUGAAACGGUAAACCAGAAUAAAAGCCCAUUUAUUGCACACGUUGCGCCGAGCACAAGCACAAACUUGACAAUGGCCUUCAAUAACCAACUCAACACCAUGCACAAUACCAUGCACAAUCAGGCCAACACCCUGGCUUCUACCUCCACAGCUGCAACUCUUUCACUGUCCAGUGCUGAUGUAUCUCUGCUCAAUUAUCAACCCGCACUCUACCAGCCUACAGCAGCACCUGUUGCAGGCGUUGCACAAGCAAGCAUGCCUCUGCAGGCUGGAACAACACAGCUGUGUGCCCAGGCUGAUCCCUUCCAACAAGCCCUCAUUGUGUGCCCACCAGCAUUUCAAGGGCUGCAAGCAUCUGCAAAACAUUCUGGCUUUUCUGUUAGAGUGGAGAAUGCAGUGCCUGUUGUACCACAAGCACCAGCUGCACAGUCAAUUCAGAUUCAGCCUGGUGUUCUUGCUCAGGGCAGCUGCACACCGCUGAUGGUGGCCACUCUACAUCCUCACGUUGCCACUGUUGCUCCGCAGUAUGCGGUCCCUUUUGCCCUGAACUGCGCAGCCGGCCGGCCUGCGCUGGUCGAUCAGACGACCACAGUACUGCAGGCGUGGCCUGGAGGGACCCAGCAAAUCUUGUUGCCAUCAACUUGGCAGCAGUUGCCUGGAGUGGCUGUCCACAACUCAGUCCCACAUGCUACUGUGAUACCAGAUGCUAUGACUAGCACCCAGCAAAUAACAGACUGGAGAAAUGCACAUUCCCAUGGAAGCCAGUAUAAUGCCAUUGUGCAGCAGCCAUCUUUGUUGGCUGGACAUGUGACUUUGGCUGCACAGCCCCUAAAUGUUGGUGUUGCCCAUGUGGUACGCCAGCAGCAAAACUCCAGGUCUUCCUCCAAAAGGAACAAACAGCUUCAGAACACAAGGAAUGUUCCUGUAUUGGAUGUCACUCCCUCCCAAACAUACAUGGUGGUUCAAAACAGUCCUUCAGGUGCACCUUCCCCAUACUGCAGCACAACUCUUGAUCAUCAGCGACAGACCAUUGUGAUUCCUGACACACCCAGCCCUGCUGUCAGUGUGAUCACUAUCCGUAGUGACACAGAUGAAGAGGAAGAAGCAAAGCAGAAAGUUGGAAGCUCUGGUAUGAAACAAAGAUCAAAUGUCAUCAGUUAUGUCACUGUCCACGAUUCUUUAGAAUCUGACUCCUCAAACAGUAACAGCCCCUAUCCAUGUGAACGUCCUCGAGCAACACAAGUUAUCAGCAGUACACAGGAAGUCUCUAAAAGAACAUUGGAUGCCUGUCAUAGUUCUGGGUCUCGCACCAUCAUCGUCCAGCCUUUGAAGGCCCAAGUCAGUGAGAGUUUGGGAGAAAGCAACAGUUUGUCAGGUUUUUUCUCGAAUGUUUAUAAGGCUAAAACAGGCAUGCCUAUGAGUGGGCAGACUUCAAGCUCAACAACACCAACUAUGUACCGUCAACGGCAGCCUCUGAACCUCAGUCAGGCCCAACAAUCUGUUUCUCAAGAGCGAAGUGUAAAUCCUGCUCCCCGCAGGCAACAGGCCUAUGUGACACCAACCCUUGCUCAGCCUCCCUACUCUUUCCAGCAUAACAGUCCCACUCAUCCGGGUGUUCAUCCCCACCUGACAGCAGUGUCAGCCCCUACGCACCUUUCAGGACAACCCCACAUGUAUGCCUACACACCAACUGCUGCUGCCUUGGCAACCUCCAGUUCCAUGGCCCAUCUUCUGAACCAACAAAGCUCCUCCAGACAUGCCAUGCAACAAGCCACAUACGCAGCACAUCCAACCAGUCUCCUCCAACAGGUCCCAGUCAGCAUGGGCCCUAGCCUUCUGCCGUCUGCCAGUGUUGCUCCCAGCCAGUACCAGCAUCCGUUUGCCACCCAAUCAUACAUUAAUGCUUCCAGGGCGCCUACUCUUUAUGCUGGCUACCCACUCAGUCCCACUAAAAUAAAUCAGUAUUCUUAUCUGUAGCUCUCUUAUUUGCAAAUGUGCUGUGCUACUGUAUGAGAUCUAGACUAAUCCAGUUUUGUAUGAAGGAGGAGUGCGCUUCGUUCCAUUAGACAGGACUCUUCUGUGGUGUCAUGUUUUGCUUCUGAACUGGGUCACAUGUCUGCAGAACAUCCAGCAGUGAGGAGACUUGGUUUUUAACCCUUUUUUAAAAAAAAAGGAUAUUGGAAAUAGACCACAUUUUAAAUAUAUUUUACAAUGAUUUGAGAAUUUUCAGAACCAACAGAAUUGCUGUUUGUUUUUAAAUGUACUGUUGCUUUACUUUUGCCAGCUCUUUGCCUGAACACACUGAUGAAUCUGCUACUUGAAAUGGGUUUAUGCUGCUGAAAGUGUUAAUACUAUUAAUAGGAAGUUCAAAUAAUGCGUUUUUUCUAGGCCUAUUACAUAAUAAAAUGGGAAGUAGUAGAUGCCCUGUUUGGUUUGAUUGGAAUGUUGAAGCCUAAACUAAUCCUGACUUGCAUAACACAUCAAUGGACAUCUUUAAGCAUACCACUGUUUUAAUGUAUUUUGGAGCAUUUGUAAAAGGGCUUCAAAAGUAAGGAAGAAUGACAUUUUUUGAAUGAUGUAUAAAAUAGUUUGGAAUGUCACGUUUUUAGAGUAUUGUCGCAACAUUAAUUUUGUAUUAAUCGGGAUUUCAUAAAGUAUUGGUUUCUGAGCAGUACAAUAUGUAAUUAAGUAUGAAAACUGGAUCGACCUGCUCUUGUAAGAAAUGAUUCCUUUGAACAUUUCAGUCAGCUGUGAUAUAGUGAUGGAGCUGCCGUCCAUACAGGAUUAGUGAGCUUUAUUUAAAGCUACAGGCUUAAGAGCCAUUUAAUCACUGUUUCAGUGAGCAUAUUUUAACCAGUUGCUUCUGUAAACUUCACUUGCCCAUAUCAUCAUCAUUGUUAGUCAAGAGCUGUUGAGCUCUCAAUGACUUACUUAGGAUGUACAGCUCAUUUAAAAUGAAUUCAGGAAGCAUAUCUUGUAGUUGGAAAAUAGGGUGAAAGAAAUGGCCACUGCUGUAUUAUGAAAAAUUGAGAACUAUUCCAAAUCACUCAUGCUUUAAUCCUGUGGAGAACAGGUGUGUAUUUUAAUUGUACAGCACACACUGUGCCAUUGCUCUGAAUACAUGUAUUGAAGUGGUGUAUUCUGGCAUCUGCAUCACUGCUAGAACCCUUGUGUGCUGCGUAGCUUUCAUUUUGGCAUCAACAGUGCUGAUUUACGUAUCUGAAAAUAACUAUAUGCAUGCGCACACCCUAAAUUUGUAUCAUCACAUCCCACAUCAUGUUCCAGAACCAUUUUGACCUCUCUCCUGCCCAAUAUGUUAACUCCCUUAGUGUGUCAUGCAGGAUUGAAGGUGUGUUACUCAUCAGCUGACUGUAAGGACUUUCAAUCACCAAUGCCUGUGGCAUUGAGAUGUUUGUUCAGUUGUGCUUGUGGAAUAUGCAGUGACAUCACUGCUAUAAUAUCCUAUUUAUGUAUAGGUCUAGUUAGAUUAAUUCCAGCAACUAAUAAAGCUUUAGCAUCAGAGCUGCAGAAACCAGACAUGUGAUUCUUCUAACUUCCAACAGAACUAGCUACAGCAGUCUUUGAUGGAAAAUGUAAAUUAUGAUACUUGAAUUCUGUAUUUCUAAUAACUCAAGAUUUAGUUCCAUGAUCACCCAGAAGGAUUUUUUUAUGUACCUGUCAUUUUAAGAGAAAUUAAGUUGGAACAUGUUGGAAUGUACAUGCAAUGUCUUUAGAUACAUUUUGGAACUUUAUUAAAUAUUGUAGCACUGAUGAAAAAGUAAUUGUGUUUGAAAGGAAGUGGUUGCAGAACAGGCAUCAUCUGUGUGUUCUGGAUGGGAGUAAUUCUUUGGCUCAGUUUUUGCACAGGUGUGAAUGUUGUGGGGGUUUAUUUGAUGAGUUCUUUCCCCUAGUUAGUGCCUUAACAGAUUUUUACAUAGUACGUUAAAUUAAAACUUUUACACUGUGCUUUAGAGAAUCCCAACUUGUUACAGUUAGAUCAUUUGGACUUGUGUGUGCAUGGAAGGCCUCUUGGGAGUACAAAACAAAGUGGUGGGAGGGUAGCACAGGAAAGGGUAUUGUGCUAUUGAAACAGAUUUUAAAUCAUUUAAGUUGGUGUUUUUAUAAAAUAAAUCAGUUGAGUAUUUUAAUUGAAGUUUGUUUUAGUUUAAGAAAGGGAGAUGGAAUUUGAAACAGUAUUCUUGUUUCUCUUUUGAAGUUUUUAAUUUUUUUCAUUUGGCACAUAUAACUAUGCUCCUUUUUAAUGCAGCAAGCUACUUAGAAUGUGAAAAUGCAUGUAUCCAUGUACUGUCUUCUGAACUUCAGUUCCUUUUGAUUUUUAACUGAUUAAGUCACAAUGGUAUGACUGAGCAUAUCGUACUUAUGUGAGUGUAGUGCAGUAUUUUGGUUUGUUUAAUAAAUUUUUGGACAAGGAAAAUUAUGUGCAAUUAGCUUUAGGUGGUUGUGGUUCUUCUAGAUGUGUAAUUUUUUUAAACUUUAUUUUUCACUAGUUUAUGGAUGCUAACAUUCUUUGUGGCAGUGGGAUGCUGUUCUGAGUAAACCCUUUGAAAGGUGACUACCCAGAUUUUGGCUUCACACAGGCAAACUGCCUGUAAAGCACAUAUUCAUCACACCAAAGAAAAGCCUAUUUAUUCUGCCUCAUUUACAGGGCAUGGAAUAAGUGGUAUUGCUUAACAGAUAUGCAAGUAUUUGCUAAUCUUAAUGUACAACUUUAAAAAAAAAAUUCUGCUAUUCAUUCCAACAAGCUAACAUUCUUGUUUGCAAAUAGCUGCUCAGUGCUCCACUCUGUAUUUGAAAGGAAAGUACUACAUACACUACUUCCCUUAUAUGCUGUUGAAAGUGUUUAUGAAAGCCAUUUUUUUUUUGCUUUCUUUCUUACUGUCUUAUUUCAUGCCCUGACUUCAUUAGGUUGCAAGGAGUUGAUGUGUGCCUGGCAAUCUCCCAGAGAAAUGGUUUUUAGAAAAUGCCUAUGUCGAAUACCUCUGGUGUUGCAAAACCUAUCUUGUUUCAAGGUUGAACGGGAGAUGGUGGUGUUUUGUGGGUGUUUCUGUAGGAAAGGCUUUAGUCCUUUGUGUACGUUUGGAGAGCACAGUUCUACAUUAGAAUUUGUCACACGCAAUACCAGCAUUAUAAAAUGAUAAACUGGUAGAAAUGUGAGGGUUUGCAGAAAUAUACUAGCCUGCUGGUUCAGAUUUUUUUUUUUAAUUCUAACAUGAAACAAACAUUCCACCAAUGCUUCUGUAACCAGGUUAACUAUUUGUAUAGCAUUUUUAGAGCGCUCCACCUUCUGGACCUUUCAGAUAUCAAGAAUAUUGAGACGUGCUUUCUAGCCGAGUCCCACAAGCCGGGUUUGUAUAAUGCAAACUGAGGUAUGAGGAUAGACUAAUUAGAUUUUAAAAAGAAUAUUGUUCUCUCUGAUCUGAGCACAAUAUUUGUGUGAAUCCUGUUUUAUAUUUGGUUUUAGUAUGUGGGCACACAUCUUAAGCGAGGUGGAGAGAGCUCCAAAGGCCAGCAAAAUCUGCACAGCAAAGUUUUAGUGCAUUGAGUAGGUAAAUGUGAUUCACUUAUGGGAAGGUAAAGUGGUGCUCAAAACUCUGGUAAUUCUUUAAAAAUAUUUUGCAGAGGCUAAAUUUGACUGCUUUGUCAGAUUAAUUUUGACCAAUCUCUCAAAUCUAUAAUCUCCUGUAUCCCUUCUUCCCCUGCCCUGUCCUCUCUGGAUGGUGCAGCAUCUAGAAUACAGAGAGAGGAUAUAUUGACACCCUGUAACUUUGUAUUGAAUUUCUACUGAGCCAAAUGAUCCACUUUUACAUCUACCAAGACUGUGCAAAGUGCUGUCAUGAUGUGGCAUUUCAUAAUCCUGCUGUAUUAUACCUGUAUCUUACUGGUGCAGUGAAGUGCAUUUUGAUAAGUUUGACCUCGUGAAAUGGAACAUUUUUUUAAAAAACUAAGUCAUACUCGAGAGAUUAAAGAAAAGUAAGUCUUAAAAACUACAGAUGAGCACUAUGUAAUCUUUGCUGUCAAAUACUGUUCCAUAUCCUGCCAUUGGGAAAUACGCUUGCUACAGAAUGAGAUGCACAUUGUCUUUUAUCCUGUCCACAAACUGGGGUGCUCCAUUUCCAUGGAGUGGCCCCAAUUAGCAGCAAGGAAAGUACUAAUGACGGGUUGAGUUUCUACUGUCUCAUUAUUAUCAAAUGCUGCCAUUGGAGACUCUCACCAUGUUAGAUUUCUGCCCAGUUCUGGAUUCUUGUCGCCAAACCUGCUUUUGGGAUAGUAAAUUUCUGUGGGAUUUUCUUGUGGGAAGGAGCAAAAUGCAAAAUUUUGGAACUUUAUUUUUAUUUAUGAACACAUUUGCCCAAGGAACAACACUGGUUUUGACUUUAGAAACAGGUCAAACAGAUCUGUAGGUAAACUUGCCAGUGUCCUCGCACCUUUAUGUACUACUUUGUAACAAAUUUUUUGUCAAUGUUUUGUAAGGAAACCAUCUGUAUCCUGUGUAAGUCAUUUAGUAUCUAAAAUGUACAUUUAAAGAGAUAGUCCAAGGUCCACACUGGUUGUAUUUAAAACAAUUGACUUGGGAUCUAAGCGGCAUCUAACAAUUCAAGUCACAGCCACCUUUGAAUAUAAAUACAGCUUGUUUGCUAUUUUUGGAGGGGAGGAUGGAGGGAUUGGAAUUUAGAAUGUGACUAAUCAUGGAUAAUUUCAAGCUAAUUAUGCAGCCAAACAUUGAUUUUUCUUUUUUUAAAAAUCAUUGUAACAACUUUGAUUUAAGCUCUACUGAGCAUUUCGAGGAAUUGAAGGUUGCUGCACUGAUUCAAACAAAAUUUUCCAGGAUUUUUUUGUUUCACAUAACCUGUGUAGGGCUGCAAAAGCACUGUCUCUUUAAAAUCUAUAUAAACAGUAUAUAUUUAUAGGGUUGACUUAUAUAUGAUUACAUAUGGGUGUGUCAUUAUUUACUGUUGGCUGGAGCAUGUUCUCAUUAUUUUGCUGUAUGUGUCUGCAUUUACUAAUGCUAAUCAUAUGUGGGUGAAUUUUAGUGUUUUUUUUAAUAGUAUGAUUGUAGCGAAUGCAACAAUUGUUAGUAGCAUACUUGGCUUGUAUCAUUGAUAUUGCUAUAAUAGGUUAUUUGACUGGUUUGUAUAAUGUUAUUUGCUACUCUAGUUCUUGUAUGAACUGCGGUUUCUUACUUUUUGAUAUAGCUAUGUGAUUAUCACAUGUAAUGUGUAGGCAGCUCAUAGAAAUUAUUGAUUUUUCUAUGGUAGUCUGGCAGUUAAACUGUAGAGGUUAUUGUAAAAUAAUAAAUUUAACAAAUGAUAAAGAGAUUAUAGUUAUUUAAAAAAAAGUUCAUAAUACUAACUUUAAACUGGGAAAAAGGGGUCCAUUGUGAUGAAACUGUUUUAUCUUGUAAUUCACUGUUAUAUUGUCUUUGGUUUCCAAAGUAGCUUGUCUUCUGAUUGAAGUAUUUUCUACAUAUGUUAAAAAUGCAUUGCGUUACCAAUAAAAUGGGCUACAUUUGUGUA